AGUAUAUUGAAUAACCAGCUUGCAUUGCAAGCUUGAAUAAGCUAUCGUAGCUUCAGAGUGCCUUUCAAUCUGCUUACUCAAGAUUCGUUGAAGGAAAAGUUAUUGCCAUCACCCACAUUGUUCUUUUAUCUUAAUAUGCUCCUCCUGCCUCCUCUGUUUACCCCCUGUCAAAAUAGCCACUAAUAUCUUACUUUGGGGCCCAUCUUUGUUGCAGCUUUUUAUGACAUUCAUAUUAUGGAUUCUUUCAGUCCCAGCCCGGACUCAAGAGGCGAUGACGACGGGUCACCUUUGAACCGCGACUCUACCUGUAUACCAAAACGAAAGGCCUGUAGGCCUCAGCUUGAGAAAGACGAGAAACAAGAUUGGUGGUUUGCAUCGACUGUUAUUCCUCUUCUCGCAGCAUUCGCAGGACCGAUAGCCAACGUUUUGUCAAUCGCUGCGCUGGUGACAUAUUGGAGGAACAAUUAUUCACCAGCCGCUCCUGGAAAUGACGAGGACUCUAUCGGGUUCCCAGACCCGCCAUGGUGCAUUGCGCUUAAAUCUGUUUCGUUAGCUUGUGGCAUUGCGGGUAAUAUUUCGUUGCUCCUCAACUUCACUAGGCGGAUUCGAUAUAUCGUGGUGUUGCCAAUAACAAUAAUAUCAUGGUACUUUGCAGCGGGCAUCCUCACUAGCACCAUCAUUGCCAUGAACAAAUACAUACCUCCGCAUCGACCUAGCCAGACGUAUUCCCAGGGAUUUUGGGACGCAAUAAUCGCGGCUGUAUUAUACACCUUUGGUUCUAUGCUACUCAUGGUGAACAUGCUAGGUUAUUUCCUCGGUCACUAUCCGCAAUAUUUCAAUCUUACGGGUGAGCAACGCAACAUGAUUCUUCAAACUAUGAUGCUUUGCCUAUGGCUUUCAGGUGGCGCUGCGAUCUUUCAUAAAUUGUGUGGGUGGUCGUACGUAGAUGCCCUGUAUUUUUGCGACGAGACUAUUCUUACCAUAGGCUUCGGAGACUUCACACCAGGAACUAAAUCUGGUAGAGGCCUAAUCUUUCCAUAUGCAGCUGGUGGUAUCAUCAUCCUAGGAUUACUAGUCAGCAGCAUUCGAGAGUUUGUUAAAGAUUUAGGUCAUGACGUUGUCCGGAGGCGUAUAGUGAGGCAUCUUAACAACGACAUUAGGGUUCCGAAAACAAAAAAAGAUCGAAACGAUGGCCACGAUCCACCAGCUUCUGCUAUAACGUUUAGUGUUAGUCCGAUUACUUCUACAGAGAAUUCUUGUAGAGGUGGAUAUCGAAGGGACGUUAUGCGUAUUGGUGGCAAUUCACUCGAGCAAAGAGAUCGAUUUGAUGCCCUACGCGCAAUCCAGAAAAGAACUAGUCAGGUCACACACCACUGUGAACUGGCGCUCUCAGUAAUUGCAUUUUGUAUUAUCUGGUUUAUUGGUGCUCUUGUAUUCUGGCGGGUGGAGCAGUCGCAGCAACCUUGGUCGUACUCUAAUGCACUUUACUUCUGUUAUAUUUCACUACUUACCAUUGGCUACGGAGACCUAACUCCUACAAGCAAUUCAGGCAAGCCGUUUUUCAUUGUCUGGAGUUUAGUCGCUGUUCCGACAAUGACCAUCCUAAUCUCCAAUAUGGCCGACACUAUUAUUGCUAGGUACAAGCGUGGGACUCUUAUACUCGCGGCCUGGACUAUCCUGCCAGAAUCCAUACGUCGGCAUCGCCCUUUGGAUAGAGAGUCUAGGGUGGUGCUAGGUGCAUGCAGGAAAGCCGCAAACCGCGCUCAGAAGCCAGGAACGGAGGGUAUAGGUACCCAACCUAGAAUGGAUGAAAGUGGGGGUGCAACUGUUCAAUCAUCAGUGACAGAAGAUUUUUAUCGGCACGAUUUAGCUGUGGAAUUGGCAAUAGCUAUCCAGAAGACAGCGGGAGACCUAGAGGCUGUUCCGCCUAAGAGAUACAACUUUGAUGAAUGGAUCGAGUACGAUAGACUCCUAAGACUCACCUUUAACUCCGAGGAAGAUUUCCAACAGGAAGGAGUUCUGGAAUGGGCUAAAUUAGCAGAGCGGAGGGAGAGUGAAUGGCUUCUAAAGCGGCUGACGGAGGGUUUAAUUAGAUACUUCAAAACGCAGCGCUAGGAAAUUUUGAAGAAACAGGGAAAUAAAGGUCCAAAGGAGUUAAUACCUCAACAAAUGGAUUUUGAGGGCAGUCAUUUGGUCCAAUCCUAUCAAGGAGAUAAACCAUCUCAAGGGUAGGUGGUCCAGAGGUGGUAAAUUGAAUCGAAAAGUUGUAUAAAGGCG